AUGGACAAUUUGAAUCUCUUUCCAAUAUUCACGACGAUCUUUUUGCUCUUUCUUUCUCACUCACUCACCCUCUCUAUCUCUCUCACACACACGUACAUAUGCUCUCACACAUUCUUUCUUUCUUCUCUUCUCUCUCUCUCUCUCUCUCUCUCUCUCUCUAUCUCCCUCUCCUUACCUACUUUACCCCAGUUAAUACCUUUUAUAUACCAAGGGUUGUUUUUUUUCUUCUUUUUUCUUCUCUUCUUUUUUUCUUCUCUUCUUUUUUCUUCUCUUCUUUCUUUCUUCUCUUCUUUUUUCUUCUCUUCUUUUUUCUUCUCUUCUUUCUUUUCUCUUCUUUCUUUCUUCUCUUCUUUUUCUUCUCUUCUUCUUUUUCUCUUCUCUUUUUUCUUUUCUUUUUCUUCUCUUCUUUUCUUCUCUUCUUCUUUCUUCUCUUCUUUCUUUUCUUCUCUUCUUUUUUCUUCUCUUCUUUUUCUUCUCUUCUUUCUUUUCUUCUCUUCUUUCUUUCUUCUCUUCUUUUUCUUCUCUUCUUUUUUUUCUUCUAUUCUUUUUUCUUCUCUUCUUUCUUUCUUCUAUUCUUUUUCUUUCUUCUUUUUCUUUCUCUUCUUUUUUUCUUUCUUCUUUAUUUCUUCUCUUCUUUUUUCUUUUCUUCUUUUUCUUUUUCUUCUUUUUUCUUCUCUUCUUUUUUUUCUUUCUUCUCUUCUUUUUUCUUCUUCUUCUUUCUUCUCUUCUUUCUUUCUUCUCUUCUUUUUUCUUUCUUCUCUUUUCUUUCUUCUUCUUUCUUUUUCUUCUCUUCUUUUUCUUCUCUUCUUUUCUUUCUUCUCUUCUUUUCUUCUCUUCUUUUCUUUCUUCUCUUUCUUUUCUUUUUCUUUUCUUUUUCUUUUCUUCUCUUCUUUUUCUUCUUUUCUUCUUUUCUUCUCUUCUUCUUUUUUUCUUUUUUCUUCUCUUCUUUUUUCUUCUCUUUUUUUUUCUUCUCUUUCUUUUUUUUCUUCUUUUCUUUUUCUUCUUUUUUUUUUCUUCUCUUCUUUUUUUUCUUCUUUUCUUCUUUCUUUCUUUCUUCUUUUUUUCUUCUUUUUCUUUUUUUUCUUUUCUUCUCUUCUUUUUUUUUUUCUUCUUUCUUUCUUCUCUUUUUUUUCUAUUCUUUUUCUUCUCUUCUUUCUUUCUUCUCUUCUUUUUUUCUUCUCUUCUUUUUUCUUCUCUUCUUUCUUUCUUCUCUUCUUUUUUCUUCUCUUCUUUUUCUUCUCUUCUUUCUUUCUUCUCUUCUUUUUUCUUCUCUUCUUUUUCUUCUCUUCUUUUUUCUUCUCUUCUUUCUUUCUUCUCUUCUUUUUCUCUUUCUUUUUCUUCUCUUCUUUUUCUCUUUUUUUUUCUUCUCUUCUUUUUUCUUCUCUUCUUUUUUCUUCUCUUCUUUUUUUCUUCUCUUCUUUUUUCUUCUCUUCUUUUUUCUUCUCUUCUUUUUUCUUCUCUUCUUUUUUCUUCUCUUCUUUUUUCUUUUCUUCUUUUUUCUCUUCUUUUUUCUUCUCUUCUUUUUCCUUCUUUCUUUUUUUUCUUCUCUUCUUUUUUUCUUCUCUUCUCUUUUUUCUCUUCUUUUCUUCUCUUCUUUUUUCUCUUCUUUUUCUUCUCUUUUUUUUUCUUCUUUUCUUUUUCUUUCUUUCUUUUUUCUUCUCUUCUUUCUUCUUUCUCUUUUUUUUUCUUCUUCUUCUUUCUUCUUUUCUUUUUUUCUUCUCUUCUUUUUCUUUUCUUUUUUCCUUCUCUUUUUUCUUCUCUUCUUUUUUCUUCUUUUCUUCCUUCUUCUUUCUUCUUUCUUUUUCUUUCUCUUCUUUCUUUUUUCUUUCUUCUUUUUUCUUUUUUCUUUCUUCUUUUUCUUCUUUUUUUUUUUUCUUUUUUCUUCUCUUCUUUUUUCUUCUCUUCUUUUUCUUCUCUUUUUCUUUCUUCUUUUUUCUUUUUCUUUUUCUUUCUUCUUUUUCUUCUCUUCUUUUUUCUUUUCUUCUUUCUUUUCUUCUCUUCUUUUCUUCUUCUUUCUUUUUUUUUUCUUCUUUCUUUCUUUUCUUCUUUUCUUUCUUCUUCUUUUUUUUCUUCUCUUCUUUCUUUUCUUCUCUUCUUUCUUCUCUUCUUUUUUCUUCUCUUUCUUUUUCUCUUUUUUCUUCUCUUUCUUCUUUUCUUUUUCUUCUUUCUUUUUUUCUUCUCUUCUUUUUUUCUUUCUUCUUUCUUUUUUCUCUUUUUUUCUUUCUUCUUUUUUUCUUCUUUCUUUUUUUCUUUCUUCUUUUUUUCUUCUCUUCUUUUUUUUUUCUUCUUUUCUUUUUUCUUCUCUUUCUUUUUCUUUUUCUUCUUUCUUUUUCUUCUUUCUUUCUUUCUCUUUUUUUUUUCUUCUUCUUUUUUCUUCUCUUCUUUUUCUUCUCUUCUUUCUUUUCUUCUUCUCUUUCUUUCUUUUCUUCUUUUUUUUCUUCUUUUCUUUUUCUUCUCUUUUUCUUUCUUCUCUUCUUUUUCUUUCUUCUUUUCUUUCUUCUUUUUCUUUUCUUCUUUUCUUUUUUUUCUUUUUUUCUUUCUCUUCUUUUUUUUCUCUUCUUUUUUUCUUUCUUCUUUCUUCUUUUUCUUUUCUUUUUCUUCUCUUCUUUUUUCUUCUCUUCUUUUUUUUCUUCUCUUUUUUCUUUUCUUUUCUUUUUCUUCUUUUUUUUUCUUUCUUCUCUUCUUUUUCUUCUUCUUCUUUUCUUUCUUUCUUCUUUCUUUUUUUUUCUUCUCUUCUUUCUUUCUUUCUUCUCUUUUUUUCUUCUCUUCUUUUUUCUUCUCUUCUUUCUUUUUUCUUCUUUUUCUUCUCUUCUUUUUUCUUCUCUUCUUUCUUUCUUCUCUUCUUUCUUUCUUCUCUUCUUUUUUCUUCUCUUCUUUCUUCUCUUCUUUUUUUCUUCUCUUCUUUCUUUCUUCUCUUCUUUUUUCUUCUCUUCUUUUUCAAAUUCUCUUUUUUCUUUCUUCUCUUCUUUCUUCUCUUUUUUCUUUUUUUUCUUCUUUUUUCUUCUCUUCUUUUUUCUUCUCUUCUUUUUCUUCUCUUCUUUUUUCUUCUCUUUUUUUCUUCUCUUCUUUUUUUUCUCUUCUUUUUUCUUCUUUUCUUUUCUUUCUUCUCUUCUUUUCUUUUCUUCUUUUUUCUUCUCUUUCUUUUUCUUUUUCUUUUUUCUUCUCUUCUUUUUUCUUUCUUCUUUUUCUUCUCUUCUUUUUUCUUCUCUUCUUUUUCUUUCUCUUCUUUUUCUUCUCUUCUUUUUUCUUCUCUUCUUUUUUUUUCUUUUUUUCUUUUUCUUCUUUCUUUUUCUUCUCUUCUUUUUUCUUUCUUCUUUUUUUCUUUUUCUUUUUUCUUCUCUUUUUUUCUCUUUUCUUUUUUUCUUCUUCUUCUUUUCUUCUCUUCUUUUCCUUCUCUUUUUUUUUCUUCUCUUCUUUCUUUCUUCUCUUUUUCAAGGAAAAUCUUUUCUUCUCCAUUUUUUCUUCUCUUCUAUUUUUUCUUCUCUUCUUUUUUUCUUCUCUUCUUUUUUUCUUCUCUUCUUUUUUUCUUCUCUUCUUUCUUUCUUCUCUUCUUUUUUCUUCUCUUCUUUUUUUCUUCUCUUCUUUUUUUCUUCUCUUCUUUUUUUCUUCUCUUCUUUUUUCUUCUCUUCUUUUUUUCUUCUCUUCUUUUUUCUUCUCUUUUUUUCUUUCUUCUUUUCUUUCUUUCUUCUUUCCCUUCUUUCUUCUUUUUCUUCUCUUCUUUCUUUCUUCUCUUCUUUCUUUCUUCUCUUCUUUUUUCUUCUCUUCUUUUUUCUUAUCUUCUUUCUUUCUUCUCUUCUUUUUUCUUCUCCAUUUUUUCUUCUCUUCUAUUUUUUCUUCUCUUCUUUUUUCUUCUCUUCAUUUUUCUUCUCUUCUUUCUUUCUUCUCUUCUUUCUUUCUUCUCUUCUUUUUUCUUCUCUUCUUUUUUUCUUCUCUUCUUUUUUCUUCUCUUCUAUUUUUUUCUUCUUCAUUUUUUCUGCUUUCUUUACCUGGAUAGUUUUUUUCUCCAUUUUUCUUUCCUCAUUUAAUGUAUCCUUGCCAAUAGUCUUUCAAUCUACCUAUCUCUUUCUGGAUCUUUUCUCUCCUCUUUCCUUCGGCUCAGACAUUUCAUUCGAGCAUGCAGUUCAAAGAUAUCUAUCUAUCUAUCUAUCUAUCUAUCUCAGUUCAGAUCAAUCUAUCUGUUCAGAUCUGUCUAUCUCUGCUCAUAUCUAUCUAUCUCCAGAUCUAUCCAUUUGUUCAGAUCUAUCUAUCUAUCUAUCUAUCUAUCUAUCUAUCUAUCUAUCUAUCUAUCUAUAUCUAUCUAUCUAUAACAGUCUGUUCACUAUCUAUCUAUCUAUCCCAUGUUUUUCUCAAGCUGUUCAAAUUUAA